UGAUAUUAGUGAUAGUUUAAUUAACAUUUCAGUCGCACUAUAGCUGGACAUCAAGAUGAAACUCGCUCUAGUUUUGCUUUGUGUCGUUGCGGCUGUUCAGGCCCGCAGCACCGCUGUCAAAGUGAGACACCACCAGCAGUCAUUAGCGGCUCUGGGCGAGAAACCAUGGGUGGUCCACCUUCGCCAGGCCAUUUCCACCAGUGGUUUCCUCGAGUCUUGCCUCGGCGCGCUUAUUGACCGCAGCUGGGUUCUCACCAGCGCGCACUGUGUUAGAGAUCCCCGUUUCAUCUGGGCGCGCUUCGGCGCCGUGGAGGUGAUCCGGCCCGAGCUGGUACUCGAGACCACCAACGUGAUACGCAACGCCGACUGGAACCCGCUGACCCAAGAUAACAACGUCGCUCUGAUCAACCUUAACCGCGUCAUCGACCUCACCUCAAACAUCGGCGUGAUCCCGCUGCCCGCCGCUAACAGCGGCCUACCCGACCGUGCCAACUACUGCGCCUACGGAGAGUCCAGCCCCGACACCGCUGGUGAAUUCCUCCGCUGCUGGGACGUGACCAUCGUCGUAGAAAACCAGCAAGUCGUCAUCUAUGAAGGCGAGGAUAUCUCCGCUACUGAGUUCGAUACCGGCGCUCCUCUUGUCGGCGAUGGAGUGCUGGUCGGCGUGCUUUCUCAGAAGGGAGAAUUCCGUGACGAAGCUGUAUUCAUCCGCACCAGCGCCCAAGUGAACUGGGUCGCCGGCAUGACCGGGCUGGACUUCAGCCGCGCCGCUCCCGAGCAGGAACGCCAGGACGUCAUCGUGGUCAAUGACCUCAACUAA